AUGCGCCUCCCUCUUGAGAUCCUCCAGCUCAUUCUGCAGGAAGCAGUCGAUAUUUUGCCCUACGGUGAUAUACUGCACUCCCGACUCACCAAUAGCCUCUUCAAUAAAACCCUGUGGCCCACCAGUGCCAGCCUAGAUCACCCGGGAGCCAUCUUCACGGUGUGGCGCAAGUUUCCCUACAAGCGGAAAUAUCUCUGGUACUUAAUUGAAAACCAUCAAGAGCGGCCGUGUUUCUUCUCCGAGUUAUGUCACGACAUUCGACAGAUGCCGCACAUUGCUGCGACGAGUGAGAAAGAAAAACACAUCCUCAUGGAUAAAAUGAUCGAUGCUAUUUUGCGCAGUACCGAGAGUCCUAGCAUGCUAUUCAGUCCCCAUCGGUAUCGCGCUUGCAUUGAAAAUGUUACUGACGCGUCCGGUGGACGGAUCGAGCCCCUGGAGAGAACGCUUGAAAGCGGGCUUGCUGCGAGCGCCAUCCUGCGAGGAGAUCAUGUGGAACUGCAGUCAUUACUAGACAAGGGGCUCUCGCUGAUGCGGUGGAGUGAAACUAUGGGUCAGGUGCCGGUGGAUCUAGCAUAUAAAGAGGGCACCCCGGAGAUCAUCAAGAUCGUGGCACCUCGCUAUUCCUUCUUUUACCAGAGCCGCUCGUGGUGGACUAAAGACCACUCAUGUGGCUUGGCGGUGGCCGCCAGGCGUGGGGAUGCAGAGCGAGUAGAAUUGUUAAUCAAGACUAACCUGAAUAGAGGGUGGGAUAUCUCGCUGGAGCUGUACAAAGCCGUAGAAGGGGUAUUACGGAUCGGAAAUGUGGAGAUGGUGGGAGUGUUGGAGAAAUACAUGACCCGUCCGAGGGAGUCGAUGCAGUGGCUUUGGUUUUACUGCUACAACGAGGCUGUUAAGAAUGGCAUGUUUCAUGUCGUGCGAUGGCUAUUUAAUCGCGAAGGCGCUCUCAUGAAACAAACCUCUCCGUGGCAUAAGACGCCGCUUUUUAUCGCCCUUCACGAUUGUCCUUCCAAUGCGAGAUUGGAAAUGGUUCGGUUGUUGCUUGAGAAUGGAGCUGAUCCGAAUGGAAACGGAGGUCUAGAAGUCUCUCAAACUCCACUUCAACGAGCUAUCCAAAACGGAGAUCUGGAGGCUGCGAUGUUGCUGGUGGACUUUGGUGCCAAUCCAAAUACGGCGGCACGAGGAACUGUACCUUUGCACAUGGCCAUUCAGCAGGGGCAUCCGGCGUUGAUACGAUGUAUGUUGGAGCAUGGGGCCAAACCCAGAUACCAAUUCAAGGGCAAGAGAUACACCGUGCGGCGAUCAGCGCACGUUACGACGUUGCUGGAGGAUUUAGGGUUCGACCAGGUCACUGAACAAGAAUAUGUGAUUUUGGAUUAG